GUCCCACAGGUGGACAUGGUGGACACGGGGAGCAGCUUCUCCAUGACCUACGCCUUCUGCUCUCAGUUCUCAAAGGGCGUGUACGCCAUCUUGGGCGUGUACGACCGGCGCACAGUGAACAUGCUGCUGUCGUUCUGCGGCUCGCUGCACGUCUGCUUCGUGACGCCAUCUUUUCCGGUUCAGACCAACAACCAGUUCGUGCUGCAGCUUCGUCCUCGACUGCAGGAACCAGUGAUGAACCUGCUGGAGCACUUCCUGUGGAGCCGCUUCGUCUACAUGUACAGCGCCGACGCCGGCCUGUCGGUGCUGCAGAGGAUCCUGGACACGGCGGCCGAGCGGAGCUGGCAGGUGACCUCCGUGAACCUGGAUGUGCUGACAGAAGCCGGCUUCAUCAAGCUGCUGAUCGACAUCGACGUCAAGAAAGAGUUCCAGAUCGUCCUCGACUGUGAGCUGGAGCGGCUCAACUCCAUCCUCAACCUGAUUUCUGCUCAGAGAAGAAAUUUGAAGAACUACCACUUCCUCCUGGCCAAUCUGGGCUUCAUGGACCUGAACAUGACAGAGUUUCAGAAGCUGGGUCCCAACGUUACUGGUUUCCAGCUGGUGAACUGGUCCGAUCCGGUGGUGGAGAAGAUAGAACAGGACUGGCUGGACUUCGACAGUAAAGACCUCAAACUGGCCCGCAGGAAGCUGAGGUACACUGGAGCCCUGACCUAUGACGGGGUCAUUGUCAUGGCGACGGCCUUCCAGAACCUGCGGCGGCAGCGCAUCGACAUCUCUCGGCGUGGCAACGCCGGGGAAUGUCUGGCAAACCCUCCGGCCCCCUGGGGGCAGGGCAUCGACAUCCAGAGGGCCCUGCAGCAGGUGCGUCUGGAGGGGCUAACGGGUCGCGUGCAAUUUGAUGAGCGUGGACAUCGGACCAACUACACCCUGAGUGUGAUGGAGCUCAGCCCCACAGGGACCAGGAAGAUCGGCUACUGGAACGAGAAGAGGGGCUACGUGAACACGGCCGUCUACAAGCCGGUCAUGGAGGAGUUCCACGGGCUGCAGAACCGAACCUACGUGGUCACCACCAUACUGGAAGCCCCCUACAUGAUGCUGAAGAAGAACCACGAGCAGUUUGAGGGCAACGAGCGGUACGAGGGCUACUGCGCCGAGCUGGCGGCGGAGAUCGCCAAACACGUGGGCUUCGUAUACCGGCUGGAGCUGGUGGGCGACGGCAAGUACGGCGCCAGAGACGCCCAGACCAACAUGUGGAACGGCAUGGUGGGGGAACUGGUGUACGGGAAGGCGGACGUGGCCGUGGCACCGCUCACCAUCACCCUGGUGAGGGAGCAGGUGAUCGACUUCACCAAACCCUUCAUGUCUCUGGGGAUCUCCAUCAUGAUCAAGAAGCCCAUCAAGUCCAAACCCGGCGUGUUCUCCUUCCUCGACCCGCUGGCCUACGAGAUCUGGAUGUGCAUCGUGUUCGCCUACAUCGGGGUCAGCGUGGUGCUGUUCCUGGUGAGCCGGUUCAGUCCGUAUGAAUGGCAGGGGGGCGACUCAGAUGAUGAAGAUGAAACUCUGCCCUCCUCUUCCUCUCAACACAGCAAUGACUUUGGGAUCUUUAACUCUUUGUGGUUCUCUCUGGGCGCCUUCAUGCAGCAGGGCUGUGAUAUCUCGCCCAGAUCUCUCUCAGGCCGGAUAGUGGGAGGAGUCUGGUGGUUCUUCACCCUCAUCAUCAUCUCGUCCUACACAGCCAACCUGGCCGCCUUCCUGACGGUGGAGAGGAUGGUGUCCCCCAUCGAGGGCUCUGAGGACCUGGCCAAGCAGACGGAGAUCGCCUAUGGGACUCUGGACGGGGGCUCCACCAAGGAGUUCUUCAGGAGGUCAAAGAUCGCCGUCUUUGAGAAGAUGUGGUCCUACAUGCGAAGUGCGGACCCCACAGUGUUUGUGAAGAACACCAACGAGGGCGUGAUCCGGGUCCGGAAGUCCAAGGGGAAGUACGCCUACCUGCUGGAGUCGUCCAUGAACGAGUACAUCGAGCAGAGGAAGCCCUGCGACACCAUGAAAGUAGGAGGCAACCUGGACUCCAAGGGCUACGGGGUGGCCACGCCCAAAGGAUCGCCCCUCAGAAUCCCAGUAAACCUAGCGGUUCUGAAGCUCAAUGAACAAGCCGUCUUAGACAAGUUGAAAAACAAGUGGUGGUAUGACAAGGGGGAGUGUGGACACAAGGACUCCGGCAGAAAGGACAAGACGAGCGCUCUCAGUCUGAGCAACGUGGCCGGAGUGUUCUACAUCCUGAUUGGAGGGCUGGGCCUCGCCAUGCUGGUGGCGCUGGUCGAGUUCUGCUACAAGUCCCGGAUCGAGUCCAGGAGAAUGAAGGAGCUCAUCAACGCCGCCAUGAGCACCAGCCUCGGUGGGAUGGUGGGAGGAGGAGGAGGAGGAGGAGGAGAGAACGGACGAGUUGUGACCCACAGUUUCCCUAAAGCCGGAGCUCAAGGUCUCCCCUGCAUGAGCAAAGCUGCCGGCAUGGGACUCUCCUCCACGGGCAUGUGAUCAAAAGCUGACUCCUGAUU